UUUGAUCACUACUUACAACUGGCUCAGAAAACUACGGUAACGCCCAAAAAGAUGAAGUUGUUAGUCAUUGCCCUUAUCUCAGUAUUCACAAUUUCUUGCUGUGAGAAAUGCAAAAAGCCAAUCGAUCUGGCCAUUAUUCUGGAUUCGUCCCGUAGUAUGAGCAAAUACAGUUGGCGUAAAGUCCAGGAAUUUGCAAAAGCACUUGUGGGCAGUAUUGGAGAGGUUUCUAAAAGUGGAAGUCACGUUGCGGUCAUGAGAUUCAGCACAGAACCAGAAAUAGAUCUCUCUUUCAAGGAAUUCAACUCAGACAAAUUCGGUGCACAGAAUGUUAAAGAUAGGAUCGACAAUCUGAAGCACAUGAAAGGUUUCACUUUCUUGGACAGAGCUCUUCUAUUGACAAACAAAAAAAUCUUUACUACCGCUGCAGGGAUGAGAGAAGAUAAGGAAAUAAAUAAGAUUGUGGUAGUAUUGACAGACGGCAUGCAAACAAUAUCACAUGGUCCCUAUACACCACUUUACGAUGCAUCGGAACAACUCAGAAAAAAGAGCAUUGAGAUCUAUACAGUAGGUGUUGGUCCAUCCAUCAGUCUUCAGCAGCUCGUAGACGUUUCGACUUCCCCAAAUUAUGUCUACAGUGUUCCUGGAUUUGAUAGCUUGUUGAAUGAAGUGGAAAAGAUUCAGCUCAUAAAAUGUGAUUGCUACGAGCCUUUGGACAUCGGGUUCAUUAUUGAUAGCUCAAGUACUGUCGAAAGGGAAGGAUUUCGUAAAGCUAUGAAUGCUACUGUGAACUUGCUCAAGCUACUUCACAUUGGUGAGGGUGACGACAAAUCCCACUUUGGCCUAAUAAAGUUUAGUCACAAAGCAAACACCACAGUAGAGUAUAAUUUUACUGACUCUCAAGAUUUUGCAACUGCUGCCAAGAAAAUCAAAAGCAUCAAAACUACUGGAGGAGGCACAGACACCUCAUAUGCCCUGAAAUUAGCUAACACGACGUUUUUCCAACCGGGGCUCAACGGCAACCGUGAAAAUAUCAGUGAUAUUGCUAUUGUUUUUACCGACGGUGACAGUAAAGAUGGAUAUGAUGGUGUUAACUCUAUUAGAAAGGAAGUUCCAAUUAUUGCUGUUGGUAUUGGAGAAAAAAUUAAAAAAAGAAAUCUCGUGAUAUUGGCCCGCAACAAUGCAAACAUGACCAUCCAAGUGGAUGAUUUUGACGAAUUGAAGAAGAAACUCGAUGACAUUGUUCAAUUAACAUGUUAAGGGGUGAUCAAGUAACAUCUUGCUCCUCCGUCAACUGACAUCAAAAGAUAAGAUUAGAACAUUCAUGUAAUACUUGCCUGUCAGUAAACUAGUAUAAUAUGAUAAUCUUAAAAGUGCUAUUGCUUGAUACGCGUUAUCGCCAAUAACGUAUAUCACACGGGCUACUAAUACAAUGAAAAGCACAAAAUAAAUAUGAACAAAAUAAAUAUGAA